AGUGCUUUUCGAAAGCCUCCAGUGGUGGGCGCUUACAAGCAGAAGUUCUGGGAGAGGCGGUGAGCCAGUUGGGUGGCGAUCGGGAGUCCUUGCGGCUGAAGCGUGCAGGCGUGGGUCUGAGCUCAGCCGCCGCUCCCAGGCUGCCUUUCCACCUGAGCCACCCGUCCACGUGAUCACGGGGGUUGACAAGACAUUUUUCCAACUCGGUCGCGUCAGGAACAGGUCUAAUUAAUAGAAGAUGGCAAAGCCCAGUCACAGCAGCUACGUCCUUCAGCAGCUAAACAACCAAAGAGAAUGGGGUUUUCUCUGUGACUGCUGUAUUGCUAUUGACGACAUUUACUUCCAAGCACACAAAGCAGUCUUAGCUGCCUGUAGCUCCUAUUUUAGAAUGUUUUUCAUGAACCAUCAGCAUAGUACUGCACAACUGAAUCUCAGCAACAUGAAAAUAAGCGCUGAGUGUUUUGAUCUCAUUUUGCAGUUCAUGUAUUUAGGGAAGAUUAUGACUGCUCCUUCCAGUUUCGAGCAGUUCAAAGUGGCAAUGAACUACCUACAGCUCUACAAUGUUCCCGACUGCUUAGAAGAUAUACAGGACGCGGACUGUUCUAGUUCAAAAUGUUCUUCUUCUGCUUCCAGCAAACAGAACAGCAAGAUGAUUUUUGGGGUAAGAAUGUAUGAAGACACAGUGGCUAGAAACGGCAACGAAGCCAACCGGUGGUGUGCAGAGCCCAGUUCAACGGUGAAUACCCCGCACAAUAGAGAGCCUGAUGAAGAGUCUUUACAGUUAGCUACUUUUCCUGAGCCGCUGUUCGAUGUGUGUAAAAAAAGUUCUGUGUCCAAACUAUCUACUCCAAAAGAACGUGUGUCACGUCGCUUUGGACGGAGCUUUACCUGUGAUAGUUGUGGAUUUGGCUUCAGCUGUGAAAAAUUACUAGAUGAACAUGUGCUGACCUGCACUAACAGACAUUCCUACCAAAACACAGCAAGAGCUUACCACCGGAUAGUAGAUAUUAGAGAUGGAAAAGAUAGCAACAUCAAAGCUGAGCUCGGUGAAAAGGAUUCUUCCAAAACAUUUUCUGCACAGACAGACAAAUACAGAGAAGACGCCAGCCAGGCGCCUGAUGGUUCAGCUUCGACCACUGCAAGCAGGAAAAGCACGGUAGAGUCUGGAAUGGCUGGUGAAGAAAAAAGUAGAGCUGCUGAGACAAAAAGAAUUAUUAUCAAGAUGGAACCAGAAGAUAUUCCUACAGAUGAGAUGAAAGACUUCAACAUUAUUAAAGUUACUGAUAAAGACUGCAACGAGUCCACUGACAAUGAUGAAUUAGAAGAUGAACCUGAAGAGCCAUUUUAUAGAUACUAUGUUGAGGAAGAUGUCGGCAUUAAAAAGAGUGGUAGGAAAACCCUAAAGCCUCGGAUGUCUGUAAGUGUGGAUGAAAGAAGUGGUUUGGAAAGCAUGAGACCUCCUAACAAUAGCAGUCCAAUCCAGGAGGACACCGACAAUGCAUCUUGUGAGCUGUGUGGACUCACAAUAACUGAGGAGGACCUGUCGUCUCAUUACUUAGCCAAGCACAUCGAAAAUAUCUGCGCAUGUGGUAAAUGUGGACAAAUACUUGUCAAGGGCAGACAGCUUCAGGAACAUGCUCAGAGAUGUGGAGAACCUCAGGAUCUGACGAUGAACGGGCUAGGAAAUGCUGAAGAGAAAAUGGACAUGGAAGAGAACCCUGAUGAGCAGUCUGAGAUAAGAGACAUGUUUGUUGAAAUGCUGGAUGAUUUCAGGGACAGUCAUUACCAAAUAAACAGUAUACAGAAAAAGCAGUUAUUUAAACAUUCUGCCUGUCCUUUUCGGUGUCCCAAUUGUGGUCAGCGUUUUGAAACUGAAAAUUUAGUGGUUGAACAUAUGUCUAGCUGCCUAGACCAGGAUAUGUUUAAGAGUGCCAUCAUGGAAGAAAAUGAAAGAGAUCACAGACGAAAACAUUUUUGUAACCUGUGUGGAAAAGGAUUUUAUCAGCGGUGUCAUUUGAGAGAACACUAUACUGUUCAUACUAAGGAAAAGCAGUUUGUUUGUCAGACAUGUGGAAAGCAGUUUUUAAGAGAGCGGCAGUUGCGUCUGCACAAUGAUAUGCACAAAGGCAUGGCCAGUGGUGAAAUAGGGCCUUCUAAGCCUCUGGAGAAGUGACAGAUGUGGCUUUGGAGAGGACAUGGGGAAGAAUCAUUCUUCAACAGAUAAUCUUUAAGUGCAGACCCAGGAAAUCAGAUCUGACGUGGCACCAUCUUGUCUGUCUUCCUGACAAACGCCAUCAGCCCCAAAGUUCCAGUUGCAAAGAUCCAAGAAAACUCAAUAAAGAUCACUUUGGAAUCACUUUGUUGUAACAAAAUUGAUUCGCAGUGACUCUCCUAGUACUUACAGAAAAUCUGCUAAAGAAAAGUGACUGUAAAAGUCAUGUGACAUCAGUGAUUAAGUUUAUGCCAUGUAUCUUCACGGUUCCCUUCUAGAAUAAAGGGCUUGCUAGGCUACUGUGAAUGCACUAUAAAGGGAGAUAAUUACAUAUUUCCGUAAACACAUAUUCUAAACUCAAAACAACCAGAAUUAUAUAUUGUAAAAUGCAGUUAAGCAAUUUAAAAGAAUAUUAAAAAUAUCUGUAGAGUGUAAGUAAAAAGAAAUGGGUACAGAAAAAGAAAAUCCAAGACCAGAUCUUUAACAAGAUAAUGUAGCUAUUAGAGAAAUGUAACACUAGGCUUCCUUUCUCGCUGUGUACCAGUCACACACUUGCUUAUGAAUAUGAGUGAAGCUUCUUUCAAAGUCUCCUGAACAGAGGAGCAUUAUUCAGUAGUGGUAGAUUCCCACAAACCAUGCAUUAUUUUCUUCUGAACUUAGCAAUAUGGUCCCAUAAUAUAAAAUGAUUUUUUGUUAUUCUCAGAACUGAUGUAUAGUGUCAUGUUUAGCUUCAAAUUUCAAAAUAAAAUGGAGCACUAAAUGAACUGAUAAUAUGUCUGUAUGAAACCUUUGCUGAGAUAAGAUUUAGUGAGAUUUGAAUUUAGCUAUGACUACAAAUGCUUCACUACACAUACACUCCUUAACCAUAUGAAUCUUAUGUAUUAUUUCUUGAUUGUGAAUAUACUUUUUUUGCUUUUUGUUAACUAUGUGACUAAUUCCUUAUUGCUUUGUUGUUUGUGUGUGUGAUUUCAAAUGUUUAAAUGCUUUGUUUUUAUGCAAAAUCCUUGCAAGUAUUUUAAUAAGUUACACAAAGAAAUCUGUCCUAAGGAAUGAAGAGUGUAUAUGGUGUACAUCUUUAAUCCCAGUACUUGGGAAACAGAGGCAGGCUGAUUUCUGUGAGUUCAUGGCCAUGCUGGUCUACAUAAUAAGUUCCAGGCUAGCCAAGGCUAUAUAAUAAGACCUUGUCUAAAAAGAAUUUUUCUUAAAUUAAAAGAAAAUCCUCACUUUAAGGUAAUAAUAACUUGAAUCUCAUUUUGUAAACUAACUGGCUAAAAAAUCAGAGAGCCCACAAUAAGAGAUAAUGGAUAUAGAGACGAAAGAGAACAAAGAACCCUACCAGAGUUCAGAUUCAAUGAGACAUGCUGAUGGAUGCUUGCAAUCCUAGCUUUUGGGAGGUAGAGGUGGGAGCAUCAAAGAGAAUUCAAGGCUAGACUUGGCUACAGAGUGAAUCAAAGCCAGCCUGGGCUACAUGAGACCCUAUCUCAAACAAACAGACAAAAAUAUUCCAAAUAUAUGACUGCUUUAAGACAAAAGGUCUAGACAAGUGUUAAGAGUUGAAACAUCACCAGAGUAAUAAGCAUAUAGACUGCAGGCUUCUUAAAGUACUUAGAAAAUUUAAAAAAUCACAAUAACUAAAGAAACCAGAUCAAGAUAGAAAAGACUCAGUUUUUGCCUAAGUUUUAUUACUCUAGGUUUACUAAAGAAAAUGGUUUUGACUGUAUUAAAUGCAAGUGUAACGAAAUACAUAAGUGGUAUAGUGCAUACUAUAAUGUGAUUAUUUUCUGUACAUUAUUUUAAGUGGAAUUUUUGGAUUACAUACAGUAUUUUUGUUACAUUUUGAAAUCCAUUGCUUUUACCUAAUAAAAUUUCCUCCUCUACAUUCAGAAGUUAAA